AAAAACAGCAGUCACAUAAACUCUGACGUCACUUUUUUAGGAACGGUGCGACCGUCCCAUCUGGAGGCAGCUAGUAAGGGAACUGUAGUAUGCAGAAGAUGCUGUCCAUCAUAUCCAACGUUUUGCGGGGAACCGCCAGCAAAAAUGGCGCUCGGGUGGUGCUCUCCUCUCGGGGCUACGCAGACUUCACCCCGCAGGCCUCCUUCGACAUCAAGAAGUGUGACCUGCAUAAACUGGAGGAGGGCCCUCCCCUGGUGGCGGUGCUGACGAGGGAGGAGGGGCUUCAGUACUACAGGACCAUGCAGGUGAUACGGCGCAUGGAGCUCAAGGCUGACCAGCUGUACAAGCAGAAGAUCAUCCGCGGCUUCUGCCAUCUCUAUGAUGGACAGGAGGCCUGUGCAGUUGGCAUUGAAGGGGGCAUCACGCUGAAGGACCACCUCAUCACUGCCUACCGUGCCCACGGGUACACACUGACACGCGGCGGCACCGUCAGAGAAAUCCUGGCCGAGCUGACUGGUCGUCGGGGUGGCAUCGCUAAAGGAAAGGGCGGCUCCAUGCACAUGUACACCAAGCACUUCUACGGGGGAAAUGGAAUCGUGGGAGCCCAGGUCCCUCUUGGUGCAGGCGUUGCCUUGGCCUGUAAAUACCUGGAGAAGAACGAGGUUUGCGUCAGUCUCUAUGGUGACGGAGCUGCAAAUCAGGGCCAGAUCUUUGAGACGUACAACAUGGCGGCGCUGUGGAAGCUGCCCUGCAUCUUCAUCUGCGAGAACAACAAGUACGGCAUGGGCACCGCAGUGGAGCGCUCCGCGGCCAGCACCGACUACUACAAGAGAGGAGACUUCAUCCCAGGAAUACGGGUGGACGGCAUGGAUGUCCUGUGUGUGAGGGAGGCUACCAAGUUCGCAGCUGAUUAUUGCCGCUCUGGAAAGGGUCCUAUGCUGAUGGAACUGCAGACAUACCGUUACCAUGGACACAGUAUGAGUGACCCAGGAGUCAGCUACCGGACACGAGAGGAAAUCCAGGAGGUGCGUAGUAAGAGCGACCCUAUCUCCCUGUUGAAGGAUCGCAUGCUUCAGAACAACAUGGCCAGCGUGGAGGAACUCAAGGAGAUUGACGUGGAGGUGCGUAAGGAGAUUGAGGACGGCGCUCAGUUCGCCACCACUGACCCCGAGCCCCCACUGGAGGAGCUCUGCAACCACAUCUACGCCAACGAGCCGGCCGUCGAAGUGCGCGGCACCAACCCGUGGAGCAAGCUGAAGUCCAGCAGCUAAACAGGAGGAAGAGGAGGAGGAAGAGGAGGAGGGGGGAGGGGUAUAUAUGUGGACAGACAAGAAAUCGUAGGGGUAGGGUGCGAGGGGGGAAGAGGGAAGAGGGAUGAGAGUGAGGAAGACAAACUAAUCAGAAGUUUAACCUUUUUAAAAAAAAACCGGUUUCUUUAGCUGGGCUCCAGAGUCUGAAUAAAACACAUCUUAUUUUUCUGGGUUACAAGUCUGAACAAACUUCCUCAGCUCCAGGGACAAAGAGAAAGCGGGGUGGAGGGGGAGUGGAGAGACGUUGUCUGCUGGUCAGGAGAGGUAGAGAGGGAAGUCAUAUCAGCAUACAUUACACUCACAGAGAGGGAAGAACACUUUGCCUUUUCUUUUAACCGCUUUUAUCUGUCAUCAAAGCCUUCUUUCAUUCAUUAAAGGCAGCUUUCCGAGGAUAUAGACAGUAGUGGAAAGUAGACAAAUUUCUGCCUUUUCUUAAUAAUAUUGCUUAGGUCAAAUAUAAUCAUUGGUGUUAACAAACGGAACGUUAUUAACCUUGAACCUAGAAUGUUCGCUCAGAACCACUCAAAAGCAGAUGGGGACACGGCCCUUGGGUGUUCUAUCCUUGACAACGUGAGACCGGGGGCCUCGUGUUAACAUCUAAUUUCUCUAAAGGCUUGUCUUAUGCCAUACAGACAUUCAAGUACUUUGGCUCCCACAACACUUUGGUCUUUUGGUAACAUUUCGGUGCUCUUUGUCGCACUCCACUGAUGCCAACUGUCUUUGUGAGUGUGUGUGUGUGUGUGUGUUUGUGGGUGCCCAUGCGCACACACACACACACACACACACACACACACACACACAAACACACAGACACACAGAGCCUGACUCUUACACUUUAGCCUUCUCUCACACAAACGCUCUUGAAUUAUUACACUCCAUGGAAAGUACUUUGAUGUGUUACUGUCGUCUUCAGAUGUGGUACACACCUUUUACUCUCCCGUCGGAAACUCUUGAGUGACGGUGGCCCUUCCCAGAAACCACCACCUUUCAGUCAGUGGCAAAAAAGGGAUUUCUGCAUCUCUGGUGAUCAGAGACUAUCAGCUUUAAGACCUCGGAGAGGUAAUGGUGGAAAGGGAACACUUAGAAUCAUGGGAUGGAAUGUUAACCUUUCUGGAAAGAGCUUUUUCAUCUUGCCAAACUUUUUAACACGGUUCAUUAACUUGCGCAGUUGCUUGUAUUCAUCUCAGUCGUGUGUGCAGCUACUGAAGCCAAUGGCAUCUCAUCUCCACGUCAGUUGGUGCUGCUGUAGUUAAGAUUAGUUCUGGAUCAGGAGCCCGGAGCCUGUGCGGUAGACAGGGCUUCCAAGUCUGAAGCCGCCGCAAUGGAUCACGGAAAAAAACAGCUCCGAAAGACCCUCGGGGGCAGUAAGGGGGGCUAUUAGAGGGUCUGUCAGGGCCGCUCUGCUGGGCGGUCUGUUGAGACCAGAUGGGUUUGUAGUGCAGGGUAACAUGUUCACCUCUGUAUUGCAGCAGUCACACUUCUGGCUGCAACAGCAGGUUCUUAUGUGGCUAUAUUAGUGAUCGUAGCAAAAUGGAUGAUGCAGUAAAGAAAUACAGUGGAACUCCAGUACGAGUACUGUUGUGUCACUCCUGCCAAACAUUUUUUCUGUUUUAUGGAGAAGGUACAGAUUUAGGUAAAGCACCAGAUACAACUGUAAAACAGAUUAAAUGCUACACACCACCUACAAAAAACCUUAUUUUCAUUUUUUUUCCAUUUCAGUUGCAGACUUUUCUUUUUCUUUUUGUAACAUAUCAGGACACACAAACUUAAGUCUUGGUAUUCUGCUGUCUACUUCGCUCAAAGUCUCUCUACCUCUCAUGUGCAGCAGUCACUGUCUGUGUUGUAUUUAUUGGGAGAUUGUUUUUCUUUGUUACAUUAAAAGAGAUUAAAUACCA